AUGACUGCUACGUCCAAUGUUGUUCAGCCUGCUGAGCUGAAGAAGAAGCCAAUUAGCUUUUCUAAUAUCCUGCUAGGUGCUGCGUUGAAUAUGUGUGAGGCCAGCACUUUAGGUCAACCUUUGGAGGUUACAAAAACUACUAUGGCUGCCAACAGAAACUUGAGCUUCUUGCAGUCGAUCAAACACGUUUGGUCUCGUGGUGGUGUGUUUGGUUUCUACCAAGGGUUGAUCCCCUGGGCAUGGAUUGAGGCAUCUACUAAAGGUGCUGUUCUAUUAUUUGUUUCUGCCGAAGCUGAAUACCAAUUCAAAAGGGCUGGUUUAAAUAACUUUGGGGCUGGUAUUAUGGGUGGUGUUUCAGGUGGUGUUGCUCAAGCGUAUUUGACUAUGGGCUUUUGUACGUGUAUGAAGACUGUGGAAAUCACCAGAAGCAAAGCUGCUCCGGUAGCUGGUGUCCCUGUGCCAAGCUCAUGGCAAGUUUUCAAACAAAUAUUUGCAAAAGAGGGCAUAAGAGGCAUUAACAAGGGGGUUAAUGCAGUUGCCAUAAGGCAAAUGACUAACUGGGGUUCUAGGUUCGGAUUGUCCAGACUUGUUGAAGAAGCUUUUAGGAAAUUCUUCAGCAAGGGACCGGAUGAAAAGCUAACUGCAUUUGAAAAGAUAGCUGCCUCCGCUGUUGGUGGUGGUUUGAGUGCCUGGAAUCAACCGAUUGAAGUCAUCAGGGUUGAGAUGCAAUCUAAAACCGUGGAUGCUAAUAGACCUAAGAAUUUGACUGUCUCAAAAACUUUCAAAUAUAUUUAUCAAUCGAAUGGCCUGAAAGGGUUGUACCGUGGUGUGACACCAAGAAUCGGUCUUGGAGUUUGGCAAACUGUAUUUAUGGUCGGUUUUGGUGACAUGGCUAGAGAUUUUAUCCAAAAGCUAACUGGUGAAACACCUGUUGGACAUUAA